AGCCGAUAAACUCGGCGGGACGGCUCUGGAUUGUGUGGCAUUUCGCCACUUCACCUUUCGUUUAUUGGCACAUGCGGGUGGACAUAUCUGCGGACGAAUAUGCUGCCCAUGCGCGGCACAUGGAGUUCAUUCUCAAGAAAGCGUUGGCCGACACAGCCAAGUGGACGCGCCACUCGGUCAAGAAGGGCUGGUCGGUCGACGUCGACCGGCACGGGUGGCGCGUGUGCUCAAGGUCGCUGUCGUCGUCGCAUUCGUCCCCGCCGAAGCGCAUGGUCGUGUGCCUUGGCUGCCACCACACGACCCUCUCGUCAAUCCGCGAAGGAUUGUACGCGGACAAUUCCCGCGACUACCUUGCCAUGGCCGCAGUUCUCCACGGGUCUACCUUGUUCGACGCUGCAGUGCUCAACGUCCACUCGACUCGCACCAAAGACGAUCCCGGCCAAUUCUUAGGCGUCAAGUCGCUCCAGGUCACAGUCGCGGCCAACAAACCGCCCUUGUCGUACUUGUUCCUAGAGUUUAGUGGGACAUGCGUUGACCCCGACGGACGUGUGACGUUUUUUGUGCUAACCGAGCCGAUCUUGGCGGCAUCGACAUCAUGCCCGACGGAAGCAGUGUCGUGCGUCAAGCUGUACCGGGCGCGGCCGGACAGCGCUGGCGUCGAUGUGUUGGUCCGCGCCCAUUUCUUCACGGACGGAAGCGCCCAGCAGCACCUUCCGAAGAUGACGGCGUGGCGAGGCAUGAGCAUGACCAUCCAAACGCUCUUAGUCAAAGACGUCGGAGUGCUGCUGCAAGAAUCGUCGCUGUACGAGUCGCUCGUGCUGACCACGGGAGCGUUUGCCCCUGAAUGGGACUUUGCCACGAAACGCUGCAACGUGUGCGAAAAGAAGUGCCAGUUUUGGAAUCGCCACCACCAUUGCCGGUGCUGUGGCCACGUCAUGUGCGGGGGGUGCUUGGUCAAGCUCUACUGUGUGGACCGCUCGUCCAAGUCGAAGCAGCACAAGUCGGUGAAGAAGGCCAAGUCGCUGACCGAAGAGAAAUUUUGCAUGAAGUGCUGGGUCCGCGCACGGGGCGACUCGAGGAAACCAACGUCGCCGCCCGUCCAAUCUGUCCGCCAUGCGCUCGACACGUUGCACCCCACCAUGUCGGCGCUGGAAACGCUCGUCCGUGUGGAUGCCCCGAACACCGCCUCGAUCGCCGAUUGGUGGAAGUCGGCGCGCGACGAGGACAGUUUUUCAAACUUGAGCACGUCGUGGAUGUCGACGUGUGCGGACCCUAUGCACGACCUGCCGCUCUCGACCGUGUCAGCAUCGUACCGGUCUCAAAUGAGCCGCAUCAACAGCUUCAACUUGCUCACGGCGUCGUCGUCCAAGGAAGAGAUUGCAGCGCGCAUGGACGAAGUGAACGAGUCGAUCGCGUUGCAGACCAUGAUGCUGUCCACGAUGACCAACAUCUUGACGCCUCGAAGUCCGCCCGCGUCAUUCGACGUUGUCGAAGUCCUCGACGUCAGCGAAGCAACCGUGCCAUGCGAAAGGGUCGUGUAGUCCGUGUAGGUCUAGUUUAUUUAGCAUAUGAGCAUGAUUCGAGACAAGGAUCGCGAGAGCCGCCCCUUGUGGUGAUCAUUCAACGAGGGGCGGUCCUUCUACAGAUUGGAAGCAUGACGCG